CCGUGACCCGCUGGUAGCCGUGGGCUGGGGCUGACCUUUGAACCGUGACACGGGGCUGGCGACCAGAGAUUGGCCUCACUCAGGUGACAGGUGGUCGGGGCAGCGCCACCGGCCCUCCUGGGGGUGUAUGGCUUGCUCGCUACUCCGCCCAGUUUUUACCGCCUCUCCGGCCCUGUCCCGGGGCGGGACUAAAGAAAGGUCAAGUCCACCUGCCCCGCCUAUCUUCGUGCUGGGGCGGUCACUGUGAGUGGCUCACUUUUAGAACUGACUUUAGGCACGUGUAGCUUCCAUGAGAACUGACUUUAGCCACGAGUAGCUUCCAUGGCUGCUUUGCAGGCCCCGGGGGAGAAGAUCAACAUCCAGGCGGGAGAGACGGCCAUGGUCGGGGACAGGGUCCCGCUGGGGAACGACUGGCCCGAACAGGACAGACCGCUGCCGCGAUCCUGGAGACAGAAGUGCGCCUCCUACGUGCUGGCCCUGAGGCCCUGGAGCUUCAGUGCUUCCCUCACCCCGGUGGCUCUGGGUAGUGCCUUGGCCUACAGAUCCCAGGGCGUCCUGGACCCUACGCUCUUGGUGGGUUGUGCUGUUGCUGUCCUGGCUGUGCACGGGGCCGGCAAUUUGGUCAACACUUACUAUGACUUUUCCAAGGGCAUCGAUCACAAAAAGAGUGAUGACAGGACCCUGGUGGACCGAAUCUUGGAGCCCCAGGAUGUUGUUCGGUUCGGAGUCUUUCUCUACACGUUGGGCUGUGUCUGUGCGGCUUGUCUGUACUACUUGUCCACUCUGAAACUGGAGCACUUGGCUCUCAUCUACUUUGGAGGCCUAUCUGGCUCCUUUCUCUACACAGGAGGAAUUGGAUUCAAGUACGUGGCUCUGGGAGACCUCAUCAUCCUCAUCACUUUUGGCCCUCUGGCUGUGAUGUUCGCCUAUGCCGUCCAGGUGGGGUCCCUGGCCAUCUUCCCUCUAGUCUAUGCCAUCCCUCUAGCCCUCAGCACCGAGGCCAUUCUUCAUUCCAACAACACCAGGGACAUGGAGUCUGACCGGGAGGCUGGCAUCGUCACCCUGGCCAUCCUCAUUGGGCCCACCUUCUCCUACGUGCUCUACAACACGCUGCUGUUCCUGCCCUACCUGAUCUUCAGCAUCCUGGCCACCCACUGCAGCAUCAGCCUGGCACUGCCUCUGCUCACCAUCCCCAUGGCCUUCUCCCUCGAGAGGCAGUUCCGCAGCCAGGCUUUCAACAAGCUGCCUCAGAGGACAGCCAAACUCAACCUCCUGCUGGGGCUUUUCUAUGUCUUUGGCAUCAUCCUGGCACCAGUGGGAAGCCUACCCAGACUCUGAGGGGACCAGCAGCUCCCCCCAUAGCACAGCCCCUUCCUUAGACUGUGCAGAAGCCAGAGUCCUGGAGAAGGAAGUGUGCUGACCAGGGUGGGUGGUCAGCAUGGGCUGUGAACACCUGCCCGUCAGUGUUAGGAUUAUCUUCCUAGAGAUCAGCUCUGUGACUUGUUCCCAUGUUACAGGGACCCUCAAAACCACUCUAGUUUCUGAAGAUGAAGUGGACACACUGUCCUUGUUGUAUUUAUAAUUGCCACUAGAUGGUGUCUCCAGGUCACUUUACAAUAGAAUGGACCCAUUUCCUCCUUGUUCUAGACAGAAUGCCCUGACAGUUUGUGAAGGAACUGCCCCGUGUCCCAAAAGAGCCACAGUGACCAGGCACAGAGUGCUGCCUGUUACUUUGGCCACAGAGGAAAUGGCAGUAAUUGGUGCCGGGCCUCAUUAACACAGGAGCACCUGUCCCUUACUCAGCACGGGUGUUCUGGAUAUGCUGCUUAGGAGAAAAAGUCCCUCAUUAACAGCCGUGUGGCUCCCAGCUUUUUGCCUAGUUGUGAUUCAGAUACUUCUGUCCUUGUCUGUCCUUUCACUCAUCCCCACUGUUGAGGAGGAGUGUCAGACCGCUGGGAAGAGGUAGCCUCGCCCUAGAGGCGGCUGAGAAAAGCGCUCUGCUUUCAGACACAUGGUGGCGGGGUAGCUGUGGGAUCCACUAGGACAGCAGGAAGGACUCGGCCCUUUAGUAACUACCAGGACCUGCAGGGGUAGAGGGGUAGCCACUUAAAGCCCACAAGGCUUGUUUCCUGGGAAGCUGGCUCCCCUAAUGCCUCCCUUGUCCACCCUGUGUCUCUGUCUCUCGAUCUGAUUCCCUAUUCCCAACUGGAGCUGGACCGAGUAACAGUGACAUGUGUCAGGGACACUUGCCCCUUUCCAUAGUCACAGGAUGGGAAGAGCAGGAACCUGUUGAUGUACAAGCCAAUGGAUAAAGUCCUGGCCCCACUCAGCCAGAUGACAGGCCCUUCCAGUGAAGGACUAUGUUUCUGGUGCCAGAGACAGACUCAGAAUAUGGGCCCCCACCUCUCUCCAGGCUUCUGUUGCCUGGUUUAGACAGUGGGCGGGGUGCUUCAGUGAGGUCACACCUAAGGCUCCAGCUGUGGUCAUGCCCCUUCCAUUUGCCGCCUUCCAAGUGUAAUCUGUGCUGGGUUCACUCGCUUGCAUAUAUGAAGAUGGUCACACAGUGGACCUCGUUCUUUUUGUUGUGAUCGACUAUUCUGGUAGGUGCUACAGGGUCUUAGCCUGCAGAAAACAACAGAAGAACUUGUUCUUAGUCCUGAUUUGGUUCCUUUAGUUCAAACUGGGUCACUUUCUGGGAAAAAAUGUAUUUGAAAACUGCCCAGAGUGCCUCUGUUUUGGGGGUGGUUUGUCUAUGAGAGAGCAGGGUCCUUGAGGUUGGGUCAGAGUCCAGGAACCUCAGAAAGGAGGGCAGCCCUCCUCUCCUGUUCUUCCUGGCACCGUGUUUUAUGUCAGCUGUGGCAUUUUGGUGCUCUUGAGGGCUCUGCCUUUGGAGAAGCUUCUGUGACCCCUGCUCAGGGCUGGCUACUGUCACCCAGAGUCUGGAGGACCAAUGGCUCUCCACAUGCCAGACCUGACUCCUGACUUCCCCGUCACAACUGCCCAUCAACUGCUACACCAUGUUCUGGUACCGAUUUUAUUGCCUAUUUUUUAUAUAUGAUCCCCAAAGGCUAUAUUUAGUGCCAGAUUUUUUAUGCAGGUCACCAUAAUUUAUAUUAUGUCUCCUGAUUCAAUGAAAGCUUUCUGUAGACUUGUUAAUUAACAAAGAAGAUGUUCAUCUGUA